AAGAUCCAAGCGGUCUUUUUUUCAAGACAGUCCAAGUAUGCCGUUACUGACACUCCGAUCCUUGUGCCAACUUCGCUCAAACGAUACGGACUUUCGGAAAUUAUUGGUCACUUGCUUAAUCUGGAAACACCCGUACCAUUCGAUUUUAUCAUUAAUGGUCAAUUCAUCAAGUCUUCUUUGCAGCAUACCAUUGAUUCGCAUUCAUUGUCAACGGAAAACGUUUUACGGAUUGAGUUUGUUGAAGCAAGUCUUCCACCCAAGAAUACUGCAAUUCUCCAACAGGACGAUUGGAUUUCCUGCAUCAAGAUUCAUCCCACUAGACCGUUCAUUUUGACUGGUUCAUUUGAUAAUCGUACUCGUGUUUGGACUAAAUCUGGGGAGUGCAUCCAAACCUUGUCUGCGCAUACUGCACCUAUAAAGUCGGUAGAUUGGGCUUAUAUUUCCUCUACAUCCGAUACGUAUAUUUUGUCUGCAAGUCAAGACCAGACGAUUUCUGCAUUCCACAUAUCUGAAGAUGGAGGAGAGGCUAGCUUGUCGUAUCAAUGCAAAGAUCAUCGUGGCUCUGUAGAAUCCAUUGUCGUUAGCAAUGAUGCAGCAUUUUUUGCAACUGGAUCUUGGGAUCAAACCAUUCGAAUUUGGAACACUGAUCCAGAAGAUGUAGAAGAGGUCGAGGUUGAAAAAUCAUCAAAAAAACGGCAAAAGCUUUCCCAGAAGCGCAACAUCAAGGUAGACUGUCAUUAUGCAAAUCAUACGUCUGAUACUGUUUUAGAAGGACACGCUGCAGCUGUUACUUGCGUUGCUUUUGGGUCUGAUUCAAACAACACCACUAUAUUCAGUGGUAGUUUAGAUCAUUCUGUUCGUGUGUGGGAUAUUGAAUCUCAGUCAAAUACAUCAACCAUGGCAAGUAGAUUUUCUGUCAAUUGCCUUGCAUUUUCCAAAGAGUCUGGAUUGAUUGUGACUGGACACUCUGAUAAUCUUGUGCGUUUAUGGGAUCCUCGUUCUAAAGAUGGUCUGGUCGUAAAAAUGAAAUUUUCCUCGCACACCAACUGGGUAUCCUGCGUUGCUUGGUCACCCACGUCUACGUUUAAUCUUGCAAGCGGGUCAUACGAUUCAACAGUCAAAGUAUGGGACGUACGUAGCUCCAGUGCCGUGUAUUCCCUA